GAGGAGAAGGAGGAGAAGGAGGAGAAGGAGGAGAAGGAGGAGAAGGAGGAGAAGGAGGAGAAGGAGAAAAUGAAGAAGAAGAAGUCAAAGGAGAAGGAGGAGGAGGAUAAAAAGGAAGAAGAAGUAAAAGGAGGAGAAGGACGAGGAGGAGGAGGAGGAGGAGGAGGAGUAGAAAGACCAACUUUGACGCCGCGCCACAAUGUGCUGCCCUCUUGUUCUGGCAUCCAGCGGGCUGCCAAUGAAAACGGUGUACGAAAAGUUAUUGUUCCUCGGUUCGUCUUGCCUCCCCUCGGCCACUACAACUCGGCCAUCGCCUGCUGCUCUCGUCUUCAGAUCAGAUGGCGGCAAAACAUUCGCUUCGGCCGCCCAUUUCGACACCGGCCAGCGGAGAGACUCGCUUUUGUCAGCUCGCAAAUGGACGCAAAACAUGUUGCUCGCACGGCCCAGAUGUCCGUUCCCUUUUAUCUAGCACCCCUCCUAGACGCUCGCUUUUCCCUUACAUGCAUUUCUUUUCUUUCUCUUCUCCUCCUCCUCCUUCUCUUUCUCGGUCUUGUCCUCGUCACCCUCACCUUCCCGAUUCAGUAUUAUUCAGCCAAUUCGGCCAACAAUGCCGGUAUGCAUAACAAUCACUACAUUCCCCAAUCAACACAACCGCUCCCCUCCGUCUGUGUUCACAUGCCCAUUCGCGAUACAGGCUCGCCCUCGGGCAUUAUCGCGUGUGUAGGCUGCGAGAUUGUCUACAUACAAAUGACAUCCCGACGCAUGCAUGCACCAAACGCAUGCACGACUGGUCUGAUUGUCCGUCUGCAAGUUUGCGUCGCCACAUACCCACACACACACAUACACACACACACUGAAGGAGAAGAUCAGCAGGUGUUGCAACCACUCUCGGCGAGUGCAGGCCGGCAAGGAGAGCGGUCACCCGUUAGGACCACUCGGACGCUACUGUCGGCUGAGUGGGCGGAUUGUCGUCUGCCUCAUCAGCUAUCCACGAUCCACGAUCCACGAUCCACGAGUCACGAGAUACAAAAUGAAGAUGUCAAUCCGUCACCUGCAAUACACUAUUCAUGA